AUUUAUUAAAUAUGAAAGAAUAUAUUAAUAUUGAUGAUGAAUUAAUUGUUGAAGAAGAAUUAUCAUUAGAAGAAAUUAUUAAUAUUGUUAGAGGUCAAGCUACAGUGAAAGAAGUUGAGGAAAAGGCAGAGGCAAAGUAG